AUGUUGAUGGAUGGCUGGGACCAACGAGAGCCACUGGUUCCUAUACGAGCGCCGCUGAAAUUGGUGAAUGACGAGCCAACGAACAAAAUAGUUUCGGUGCAAAUUGACGGUGAAGAAUCCUUACUACAAUUCAUUGAUAUGCCUGGAACGCAAGGUCCGAAGAAAAAGGAUGGCUUCAUACAAGCGGAUGCCUUCUUAGUCGUCUACUCCAUUACAGAUCGGAACUCCUACGUAUUCGCCCAGAAUCAGCUGCAGGACUUGAGGCCUGCCAAACGCCACAACGUCGUUAUCCUGGUCGGAAAUAAGCAGGAUAUCGUCAGGAACCGGAUAAUCUCUGAAGAAGAUGGCAAGAGCCUGGCCCACAAACGGCACUGCAAGUUCAUCGAAGUAUCGGCCCUGCUGGACCACAAAGUGGACGACCUUCUCGUUGGGGUGACCAGACAAAUCAGGCUAAGAAAGGGCUGUGCUAGCAAUCAAAACGACCAAUCAAAUGAAAAUGGGUCAGAAACUGGGUCGGGUAACGAUGGUAGGGUUGGAUGCUUGCAUAGGGCGGCUGUCGAUAUGUUCAACCGACUUCUAAGACGUAGACGCCACUUGGAAAGCAGUUCUUGCGACGAUCUCUUCAAACCCUGAUUCGAUACGAAAUAACGAUACGAAACGACACAAAUGCAAACGAUACGAUACAAUGCAAACACCAAAUAAUACAACACAAUGCAAUACAAUACAACUACAAAUGAAUACAAUACAACUACAAAUCAAUACAUUACAACUACAAAUCAAUACAAUACAACUACAAAUCAAUACAUAUACAAUACAAACUCAAUCAAAAGCCUCGAUGUAUCGAGUUGGUUAUUUUUUCGUCGUUUUCAAACAUUUUUCCCUUAAAUAUUUUUUCAAUCAUUGAAGAUAAAACUAUUUUAAUGCAUUUUAAAGUUAUUAAAACAACGAUUGAUCAUCUUUGCCAUGAAUUUUUAUUUUGAAAUUUUUAAUUCGCUUCGUCCAUUUUCUCAAAUCUGCUACCUUGCAUAACUAAACUAAUUAAUUAAUUACGAUUAAUUAAUUAGUUUAUUUAGUUAAUUAACAAUGGUGACCAUUCAAUUUGUUUGUCGUUCUUUCUUCAUGUUGAAACGUUGAUGUUACAAUUUCAUCAUAUAAUUUUCAUUGUUGCCAUAGAGCAUGAAACUGAUUUUUGUAUUUUCCGUUACUGAUAUCUUAAUAAAUAUAUAAAUGUACGUAUGUUUGUGUGUGUGCAUGUGUGUGUGUAUGUGUGUGUAUGUGUGGUGUGUUUGUGGUGUGUGCAGAUAUGUAUGUUUAUUUAUUUAUUGAUAUAUAUCUCACAGCAUGAAUGUUGCAAGAAACACGAUAUUUAUAUUUUUCAAUGUUACGUAAUGUGGAAGAUCUAAUUAAUAACUCGCAAAA